AGCCGGAAGCUGCUGGCGGCUGGUGGGCGAUCCCGGCUUUUGGUCCAGCUCGGCCGCCCUGCCUGUCUCGAGCUCUGAGGCCGUGCUCGGUCUGCAGGUUAGAGCGCUGCCUGGAUCCCGGGACUCGCGGACCCGCAUUCCCCGGGCCUUCCGGUCCUUCGAUUCCGGUGCACCCGGUCCCCGAUAUCGCGGCUCCAGGCCUACGGUCUCCUAACACCCCGACUCGCCGACGCCCCUGGUCCCGGAGCCUUCAGCCCCGACUCCCCAGGCUUCUGGUGCCCCCGGUCUCCCGACCUCCUAUUUCUCGGUCCCCCGGCCCCGCGGCGCCCGCAGGCCCCCCAACUUUUGGAUCCCGGUGCGUGGCAGCCCCCUUGCGCUCGCAGACCUCCCCGCCACCGCCAGCCCAGACCCCACGACCUGGUGUUUACACGGCCCUGCGUGUCCCCUUCAGCACUCUGCUCACCCGGUCUGCAUAGUCCAGUCGGCUGGGAAAGGCCCACUGCUUUUCACCGUCGAAAGGUCUGUCUGGACGUGCCAGGAAGCCUCAGCUCGUUUGGUCGCUCUCCUUGGCUUCUGACCAACAUGGCCAGCCCAAGAACCAGAAAAGUUCUUAAAGAAGUCAGGGCGCAAGAUGAAAACAAUGUUUGCUUUGAGUGUGGUGCAUUCAAUCCUCAGUGGGUCAGCGUGACCUAUGGCAUCUGGAUCUGCCUGGAAUGCUCCGGGAGACACCGUGGGCUUGGGGUGCACCUCAGCUUUGUGCGCUCUGUUACAAUGGACAAAUGGAAGGACAUCGAACUGGAGAAGAUGAAGGCUGGUGGAAAUGCGAAGUUCCGAGAAUUCCUGGAGGCGCAGGAGGACUACGAGCCCAACUGGUCCUUACAGGACAAGUACAGUAGUAGAGCUGCGGCACUUUUUAGGGAUCAAGUUGCCACUCUGGCAGAAGGUAAAGAGUGGUCUCUGGAGUCAUCACCUGCCCAGAACUGGACUCCACCUCAGCCCAAGAUGCUGCAGUCCACUGCCCACCGACCCUCUGGGCAGCCACAGAAUGUGACUGCAUCUGGGGACAAGGCUUUCGAAGACUGGCUGAAUGAUGACCUGGGCUCCUAUCAGGGGGCACAGGAAAAUCGCUAUGUGGGGUUUGGGAACACAGUACCACCUCAAAAGAGAGAUGACGACUUUCUCAACAAUGCAAUGUCAUCCCUGUACUCGGGCUGGAGCAGUUUUACAACUGGGGCGAGCAAGUUUGCCUCUGCAGCUAAGGAGGGCGCUACAAAAUUUGGAUCCCAAGCAAGCCAAAAGUUUUGGGGUUACAAGCAGCAGCCAGAGCCGGCUUCAGAGUUGGGCCACAGCCUGAAUGAGAAUGUCCUCAAGCCUGCACAGGAGAAGGUGAAAGAGGGAAGGAUUUUUGAUGAUGUGUCCAGUGGGGUCUCUCAGUUGGCAUCCAAGGUCCAGGGAGUUGGCAGCAAGGGAUGGCGUGAUGUCACCACCUUCUUUUCUGGAAAAGCUGAAGAUCCUUCAGAUAGACCCCUAGAGGCCCACAGCUACCAAAACAGCAGUGGGGACAACUUCCAGAACAGCACCAUAGACCAGAGCUUCUGGGAGACCUUCGGGAGUGCUGAGCCUCCCAAGGCCAAGUCCCCAAGCAGUGACAGCUGGACCUGCGCAGAUGCCUCAACAGGGAGGAGGAGCUCAGACAGCUGGGAUGUGUGGGGCUCAGGUUCUGCAUCCAACAACAAGAACAGCAACAGCGAUGGCUGGGAGAGCUGGGAGGGGGCCAGUGGGGAGGGCAGGGCCAAGGCCACCAAGAAGGCGGCACCAUCCACAGCUGUCGACGAGGGCUGGGACAACCAGAACUGGUAAGGCCCCUGUUGCACCCUGGCCCCAGCCCUCCUGGGUGACUGCUGUGUUUGCACUUUACCCUUCUCGUUCCUCCUUCAUUUGAUCUCAGUGUGAAGACAGUGGCUCAGGCGGGACUUGAGUCGGUGCUGCCUGCCUGGUGCAGGGUGGCUUUCUCCAAGGCCUCAGGGGACAUGUCAUCUACCUGCCUCUCAGGUCCUCUGAGCAGCCUUGCUGGACUCAGGGUUCUUGGGACCCAGGCACUGUCUCUGCAGCCUCAGCAUGGGCUGAGACUGCAGCCCUGUAUAAUGUUGUCAGCCAAGCCAGACGUCUGCUUUCGUUGAAAUGUCUUAAAAACUAAAGAUUUGCUCUAGUUGCUUUUUUCUUCUUGAAGAAAAUGCCUGGAGUCUUAAAGCUGGAAAUGAAAUGACAGAAGCAAUACUGGAGCUCGCACUGCCACCAACACCCUCACCCAAGUCCACGUCCUGUGGCCUGUGCUGUGAAACUCUCCUUGUGACCCUCUGCCUUCCCCGCAUCAGCCUGUUCGGUCCUCAGUUUGAUGGGACAAACCCGCCACAGAUGGCCACACGUGGCAACAUGGGCUCCUGCUCUCCCUGGACACCAGACUUGAACUUGACCAACCCUGGACAGCUCAGACAUGAGGAAAAAAGGAAAGGGGCUGGGAGUAGUCUCCGCAGAUUUGCCUCCUGUUCUGGUGUUGGGGAGCAUGAGCAUGAGAAGGUGGGCCUGAUGAGUCGAUGACCACUACCAGGGUCAGGGCAUCUGACGGGGACCCUCCAUAUAGGCAGUUUGCCGUGUGUUAUGCCCGGGCUUUGUUCUACCCUGGGUGCUGCAGGGUCAGACGCAGGUGAGUGCACCUGGUUGUCUGCUCAGCAUGCAGCUGCCCCUCCAGCCGGCCCUAUCUGACCCUGUGGACUUACGGAACACUGCAGAUGAGGUCUACUAUGUGAUGUCAGUGGUUGGAUCCCUGAGUGCUAUGUGCUAUGGCUGGAGAGCCCAGCUGGGUCUCUGUCUCCUUAAACCCAUUCCUGUCUGACCCUCAGUUUGACCAGCAGUGCAUGACCUGAAGCUCCGUGUGGUUUGUUUGCUCCUACCUGCUGGGGUUGAGCUGUUUAUGGUACCACUGGGAGCCAUCUGGGUCCAAAGGCUUGUGCUUGGCCCACCUUGGUUAUUUAUGGUUCUCUCAAAUAGGUGGUCCUUAGUUGGGGAGCCCUCUUGAGUGCCUUCUCUUCAUGUGGACAGGCUACUUCUCAGUGGCCAGGUCUCAAGACAUUUCUGAGCCAGGCAGGCAAGUGGAGAUACCUAGGACUGGUCACUGAGGGAGCAGCCACAGGUGGAUAAGGUCAGAAGUCAGGCUUAGGGUGAGAAGCCACAGGGGUAGAUGGGAGCCCACAGAAGGCCGGUCAAAAUCCAAGGGGAGCUGAGCAUGAAGGAGGGACCUUUACUGGGUGCUGGUAUAUCCCUAGACCUGAGAACCUGAUUCAGUAGGUGCAAAAUAGCAUGAGGUUGGGUGGUCUAAGGGCAGUGGAAUCUACUCUUGGUUCUUAUCUGGAGGCUGCUUGCCUUGGGUCAUGUUGGGAGUGGGGAAUGGCCCCAGCUCCCUCUGGUACUAUAUUCAGUAAAUGGAAAGAUUGCAUGUUUCAAGGCUUGUUUUAGCAGCUUAUCAUGGAGUCCUCUAGACUACAUCCAUGACCUCUCACAAGAGGAUGGAUGGGGACCCCAGGGCAAGGUGCCAGGGCUUUUGGCUGUUUCUUGCCUUUAUAUGAGAUGCUUGCCAGACAGCAUCCCACAAACACCCUAGAGGUCUGCUUCCCUUGGGCACAGGUGAACACAGCUGUGGCAGGCACUUUUGGAUUGGACUCCAGAGAGGCAAGGAUUAUUGGGGGGCACAGAGAGGUGACCUGACAGUCCAGGGGAGGCCAACUGUCUCCCAUUCCUCCUGGGAGGCCUCAUUACACUGUAGGCCACAUUGACUGGAGCUAACCUAACAAGGGGCUGAGCUGCUGUUCUAGGUGACCAGUAACUUGGAAGGUGGGGGAAGAGAUGUCCAGUGGCCCUCAGUCUGGGCCUUGGGUGGACAGUAACUGCUGGGGCUAGUUAGGGGUAGGGUCUGACCCACAGCCUGAUAGUAGGGGAUAGGGAGAUUAGACAGCACUAGUGAACAGGUGUGAUGAAGUGGCUAAGAGACUCAGAAUGUUACUGAGUCUUGAUGGUUAUGUAAAGAAAGGUACUAACCCAGUGUGCCCACUGGUUUGGCUAGUACCUUGGGCAGGAAGUUUGGAGCAGAAUGAUUUGAGAUGCAUACUUCUGGUGGUCCAUCAGGUCAGCUGGCCCCUUAGAGUUAAAGUCUACCCUCCCUGUAGCUAACUAGAGGCUAAGACCAAGCUUCAACCAGUCAAGCACCAACCUCAUGCAGUACACUUGGCCUGGGACCCUGUACCUUUAUUAACAUGACUAUUUGACCCUAAAGCACCGUCCAUGCUCACACAGCCAGCUGUAUAGCCAGGCAUCUCCUGGCUAAGGCUAACAAGAUAGAUGUCAGAGACCGCCAGCAUCAACAAGGGUGUGGAGGGACUCUGGAGAGAACCCCACCACCCAAGUUCCUGAGAAUGAGCAGGCCCUGGGGCACAUGCAGGUGGGGUCUUGUUUGAGCAGGGGGCAGCUAGAGGGAAGACUGACCAUUCUGUUUUUAGUCCACAAGGGGUUGCAGUGGGUUGGGGGUGGUAUGCUUACACAACACUCCAUUUCUUGGGCUAGGAGAAGCAAGAGCUCUGAUUGGUGUAAGGGCUUCCAGAGCACCUUCAUGCAACAUGAGGUGAAAGGCACAGGUUAGCCCACACGGGACAGUGCAGAGAGCUAGGGGGUUUAUUGAGUAUGCAUGUGUUCUCAGAUGCCUGUGAUCUGGCCAUGUACAUGUGCCACACAUGUACCUAGAGAUUACCGGGAUGAGCUCCUUCACCUGACCGUGGUUAAGACCAGGAAUUAGGAACUCUGAGCAUUGUGUCAAUAAACAGGCUGUGCCUCCCUUGAA